ACACACACACACAGUUAAAGGGCCCUUUUUCUCAUUUCCUAUUUACAUACCCUUUAGGAAACGAAGAGGAGUCGAUUCGUCUGCCCCUUCUUCUCGUUGCUUGACGACGCAGAUCUCCUAGGGUUUUGAUCCGUGCGACCGCCCUCCGAUCCUUCCGCCUCAAUGCAGAUCUAGGUUUCGUCGACCUAGGUGGCGACGGCGGCGGCGAUGUCCGGCGGGGAGUUCGAGCUCGACGACCACAAGGCCCUCCUCAGAUCUGCCCCCGCGGCGUCCAACCUGGAUCUGGAGGCCCAGGGGCCAUCUUCUGGGUCGGCGGGGACGUCGGCAGGCGCCACGGGUACUCCGUCGUCAGCUCGGAAGAGUGGGAUCGGGGAUCUUCUGCGGCACCUCGAUCGGGGGCUCUCGAAUCGGGGUCAUAGCCGGCGGCAUCUGGAUCGGGGUGGGUUUCCUUUGCCGCCGGAUGGAAGGUCUCACGACGCCCUCAGCGAUGGGGCGCCGCCGGAAUGGGCGCUGCUGCUUAUCGGGUGCCUCCUUGGCCUAGCUACUGGUAUUUGUGUCGCUGCCUUUAACCGUGGGGUGCAUGUGAUACAUGAAUGGGCAUGGGCAGGUACCCCAAAUGAGGGUGCUGCUUGGCUUCGCCUGCAAAGGCUGGCUGAUACUUGGCAUAGAAUAUUGCUGAUUCCAGUCACAGGAGGAGUUGUUGUUGGAAUGAUGCACGGUCUACUUGAAAUCUUUGAGCAGAUAAAGCAGUCAAGAUCAUCACAAAGACAAGGUGUUGACUUGCUGGCAGCAAUCUUUCCAACAAUAAAAGCUAUCCAGGCUGCGGUUACUCUGGGCACAGGUUGUUCUUUAGGUCCUGAGGGCCCCAGUGUUGAUAUUGGUAAAUCAUGUGCAAAUGGUUGUUCAGAAAUGAUGGAGAAUAAUAGAGAGAGGAGGAUUGCUCUUGUUGCUGCUGGUGCAGCUGCUGGAAUUGCUUCAGGUUUCAAUGCUGCUGUUGCUGGAUGUUUUUUUGCCAUCGAAACUGUACUGAGGCCACUUAGAGCAGAAAACUCACCUCCAUUUACAACUGCUAUGAUAAUAUUGGCAUCUGUUAUUUCGUCUACAGUAUCAAAUGUUUUACUUGGGGAGAAGCCAGCCUUUAUUGUGCCGGCAUAUGAACUAAAAUCUGCUGCUGAAUUGCCUUUGUACCUUAUCCUGGGCAUGCUUUGUGGGGCUGUAAGUGUGGCUUUCACUCGGUUGGUAGUUUGGUUCACGAAGUCUUUUGAAUUUUUAAAGGACAAAUUUGCCCUACCAGCUGUUAUAUUGCCUGCUUUAGGUGGUUUAGGAGCAGGCUUAAUAGCUCUCAAGUAUCCUGGUAUUCUAUAUUGGGGUUUCACCAAUGUUGAAGAAAUCUUACACACAGGAAAAAGUGCAUCAGCACCAGGAAUAUGGCUGUUAACUCAACUAGUAGGUGCAAAAGUAGUAGCAACUGCUCUUUGCAAGGGUUCUGGUCUUGUAGGUGGUCUUUAUGCUCCUAGCUUGAUGAUCGGUGCUGCUCUUGGUGCUGUUUUUGGAGGUUCAGCUGCAGAAUUUAUCAAUUCAGCAAUUCCAGGCAAUGGUGCAGUUGCUCAGCCGCAGGCUUAUGCACUAGUGGGAAUGGCUGCUACACUGGCUUCAGUUUGUUCAGUUCCAUUAACCUCAGUUCUGCUGCUCUUUGAGCUAACAAAGGACUACAGGAUAUUGCUUCCGCUUAUGGGUGCAGUUGGUUUAGCGAUAUGGGUUCCUUCUGUAGCAAACCAGCCAAAGGACAGUGAUUUAACAGAGACAAGGUCCCCCAGGCGUGGUUAUUCUUCUUUAUCAACCACUGAAGAGAAAAAUAGUGUCUGGAGGCAAUCUGAUGGAGGAGAUGGUCUUGAACUUUCUCAUCUGGAAACUGACAUUCACAGCCAUGGAACUAUUAAUGAGGAAGUGCUUCUGGAUGACCUUAAGGUUUCUCUAGCCAUGUCAAAGAAUUAUGUUAAAGUUUAUCGAACCACUAUACUAAAGGAGGCCAUCAAGCUUAUGCAUGAUAACCAACAAACUUGUGUUCUUAUUGUUGAUCAUGAAGACUUUCUUGAGGGAAUUCUUACACUUGGUGAUAUUCAGCGGAAAGGAUUUGAAACAGGUGGAGAGGUUCCUGAUACACCCAAGGGGGAUUCAACAAUCUCAGAUGUAAACAUUUAUACUAUUUCAUCCUGCCUUACUCGAGGGCUUCAGUAUCGGAGUAGAGAAAGUGGAUUGCUAACCUGCUUCCCUGACACAGAUUUGACAACUGCAAAGCAGCUUAUGGAAGCCAAAGGAAUCAAGCAGCUGCCAGUAGUCAAGCGUGGUGGGCGCCGCAGAAAUGACCGGAAACGCAGACUUAUUGGUCUUCUUUAUUAUGAUUCAAUUGGACAUUGUCUUCGAGAGGAGGUUGACCGUUGGAGGACAAUCGACCAGCAGAGGAAAGAUUUUCAGGAAAGCGCCAUGAAUGGGCAUUGAUAUUAUGCAGCAUAUCAGGUGGUGAAUUAGAAUGCCUCAACAUCAGUAGGGCACAAUUAUUAGUCUUGUUGAUACAUAGUACAGCUGAACGACGAUCUCCAUAAUUCAUCGUUCCCUUUCUCUAAGGCAGUUCUAUUUUUCACUGGGCCUGCUGCUGCCUUUUGUCUUCAAACAAAAUGCUAACUGCAAACAUGAAACGUAACAACUGUCAGAUCAGCUUGUGCUACAAAUGGGUUUUCUGGUUAGAUGGGCAAGUUUUGUACGAUUUACCUCCGAUUGUUGUAAGUAGAGGAACCCUGUAUAGGCCAAUGUCAGUUGUCUAUGCUUUCCAUGAUAAUGUUCUCCAAAUGUAAUCUUCUUUUAUAGAUUAACUUAAGCAAAAAGACAACGUGGUUCGAAGUGCUUUAUGAA